UCCGAACUUGCCGUGUUUCAUUGGAUAAAGUGAAGAAAGCCGGGAGAGGAUGGCUAGACUCGCUCCACUUACACUUAUCCACCUGGACGCCUGACUAUUUUUACUUCAGAAAAAAAAAACAAACAAAAAAAACCCAGCUUUAUAUCCUUGUAUGCUACAUAAACCAAGCGACUGUGUAUGAAAUGUCAUCCGCAAAGUUGGACUUGACUGAAUGACAUGGACUUUACUGCAGCCAGCGCGCUCAGCAGGUGGAUGUGACGUCACGGACUGGGAACAACAACAUCUAAAUCCGCGACAUUUUUCCCCCCACCUCUCGCCAGGCACAUUAAAGUGUAAAGAAAAAAAGAAAGAAGAAAAAAAAAAAAAAAAAAAAAAAAACGUCGGAAGGAUCCCGCGUUCCUAAGUGAGAGUUAGAAAGCGCUGCUGGAAGUGGUGCUGGCUCCCUGCUUCAGCACGCCGCUUUCCGGUCAGAGACACGCGGGGAUCCUGGCGCUGAAGUUAGUCCCUAGAGCGGAGUAAUAUUGCUCGUGUUUACAGCGCGACUCUCACCGCACGCGAAGAGUUCAAACCGCCGCGCAGCAAUUUCAGCAGCUGCGUCUUACUGAGAAAAACAAAAACAAAACAAAAACAAACGUCCAAAUUACGGAAUAUAUUGGCUAUUUCAGAGUCUGCUGGCAGAGGCUUUGGAAGAAGUGGUCCAUCUUGAUCUUCUCCACUUGUGCCUGAAGGCCCCUUUUCUGACAGGUCUUUGAUGUUCACCCCCUUGCAGUGCUGUGGUGAAUUUUGAUUGGAGGAAUGGAAUGUCAAUCUUUUCAGAACAACUGAUGAAGGGAGAAGACUCCAGUGUCACAGUCUUUUUGGAUGCUAAAGUCAGAGAAAAAACGAGAAGGCUAAACUCCAAGAGUUGUAACCGAAGACAGCUUCAAGCAAGCGAGUCCUUGGAAGAAGGCCUUUAAGUCAUGAUGCAAGAAGCGGGGACAACGGAGGCGACGAGCAACGGAACAGCCAAACAGAACGGGGUGGCAGCUGAAGGCGGGCUUCGAGACGUACGAUCCAAGAGUGCCACACCUUCCUCUGACAUCACAGCCACUAAUCUCAUGACCCUUCAACAGCAACAGGCUCUACAGGUUGCAAGGCAACUCCUUCUUAAGCAGCAACAACAGCAGCAGCAGCAAAGUGGGGCUGUCAAGUCUCCCAACGAGAAGCAGCCUGCAUUACAGGUGCCAGUGUCAGUGGCUAUGAUGACCCCGCAGGUGAUAACUCCUCAGCAAAUGCAGCAAAUUCUCCAGCAGCAAGUCCUGAGCCCUCAACAGCUCCAAAUCCUCUUGCAGCAGCAACAGGCCCUGAUGUUACAGCAGCAGCAACUUCAGGACUUCUAUAAGAAGCAGCAAGAACAGCUCCAUCUCCAACUCCUUCAACAACAACAUGGCAGCAAACAGCAGAGCAAGGAGGUUUCCGCGCAGCAGUUGGCGUUUCAGCAGCAGCUCCUUCAGGUUCAGCAGCUGCAGCAGCAGCACCUGCUCAGUCUACAAAGACAGGGCCUGCUGUCCAUCCAGGCUAACCAGAAUCUGCCGCUGCACUCUCUCACUCAGGGCAUGAUUCCAGCUGAGCUGCAGCAGCUGUGGAAGGAGGUGACGGGCACGCACGUGAAGGAGGAGAACAGCGCCAGCAACAAUGGCCACCGUUGCCUGGACCUGUCCUCCGCCUCACCCUUGCCCCCCAAAAGCAGCCUCCUCAACCAGCACGCUACGACGAACGGCCAGUACAGCAGCCACACGCUCAAGAGAGAGAGCUCGGCGAUGGAUGAGCACACACACCACAGUCACCCUCUCUACGCACACGGUGUGUGUAAAUGGCCGGGAUGUGAAGCAGUGUUCGACGACUUCCAGUCUUUCCUCAAACAUCUGAAUAACGAGCAUGCGUUAGACGACCGGAGUACGGCCCAGUGCCGGGUACAGAUGCAAGUAGUUCAGCAGCUGGAACUGCAGUUAGCAAAAGACAAAGAACGUCUGCAAGCUAUGAUGACUCACCUACAUGUCAAGUCCACAGAGCCCAAACCCACCCCACAGCCCCUCAACCUGGUUUCCAAUGCCACGCUGUCCAAGACGGCCCCUGGAGCAUCACCGCCCCUCAGCCUGCCUCAAACCCCAACCACACCCACCACCCCGCUCACACCGCUCUCCCAGGCCCACUCGGUCAUCACCCCCACCAGCCUGCACAGUGUCGGACCCAUUCGCCGACGCUAUUCAGACAAAUACAGCAUGCCCAUAUCACCAGAUAUUGGCCAAAACAAGGAGUUCUACAUGAACACAGACGUGCGUCCUCCUUUCACAUACGCAUCAUUAAUACGCCAGGCGAUACUUGAGUCACCAGAAAAACAGCUAACACUAAACGAGAUAUACAACUGGUUCACGCGAAUGUUUGCAUAUUUCAGGCGGAAUGCAGCUACCUGGAAGGGUGCUGUGCGCACUAACCUCUCCCUACACAAGUGCUUUGUAAGAGUCGAGGAUGACUUUGGGUCCUUUUGGACCGUAGACAACGAAGAGUUUAAAAGGGGCCGCCACAUUCAGCGAGGUCGCCCCCGGAAGCACGUCGUCGACAGCAACUACGACAAGCUACUUGUACAGAGUCCUGCUCUAGUGAAAAAUAUUCAGACCAGUUUGGGAUACGGUCCUGUCCUCCCGGCUAACUUCCAGGCUUCAAUGGCAGAAAACAGCAUACCUCUAUACACUACCGCUUCCAUCGGAAGCCCCACUCUUAACUCGCUUGCCAACGCUAUCCGAGAGGAGAUGAAUGGGGCCAUGGACCACGGCAACAGCAACGGUAGUGACAGCAGUCCCGGACGCUCCCCUCUUCCAGCUAUGCAUCACAUCAGCGUUAAAGAAGAACCACUGGACCCUGAGGAGCAUGAAGGGCCGCUCUCCUUAGUGACAGCCAAUCACAGUCCAGACUUUGAUCACCAUAGAGAUUAUGAGGACGACCACGGGAACGAGGACAUGCUGUAAGGCUGCUUUCCCUCGGGUCCUCUUCAAAGGGGCCAAACUUAAACUGAAAUCAUCUGUGAGACCACUCCCAACCUAGCAAGUCCGACUGGAUUCCCAGUCCCUUUUGUUGACAGCUAUAAAAAAAAAUUUUCCAAUUUACUCUUAGUGCCAUUAAUCAUGAGAUACACAUGAGGUAAGAAAAAAACUAUUCCAUUUGGGAGUAUUUUUCAGUUGUUUUUACUUUUUUGGGUUAAAGACAAGACCAAGCACGUAAUUUCUACUUGCGUCCAGUAAAGGAGCCAUUUGGUACUGGGGGACUACUACUUCACAUUGCCUGGCCUGGUGGCAUUGAGACCAGAGUGGACAUGAACGAGAAAACACACGCAGAGAAAGACUGCCACUUUGCCCUCGAAGUUCAACACUGAUUUACAAACUACAGAAGAGUGCACACUUGAAUCAUUAGCCCCCAAAUGGACAUUGAUGCAGAGCAUGUGGGCGCGGGUGUACGUGAUUUCGGUUCAAUGACACUGCCUUCAAAUCAGCUUGGGUUGCUUCCAACCUCAGUGUUGCCUCCAAACUCAGUCUGAUGUUUUGAUGGCAAAUAAUACGACGUUUUGUCCCCUUGAUUGUCCUAUGCCCUUAUUUGCUAUAUAUUAUUUUACUUUGUUUUCUGUACCUGAUCAGACCUCAUGCCCGUUGUUGUAGAGAUUCUGUACGAUCUGCACUUGAUGAUGAAUGUGUAUAGUUUCUUUCCAUGAUGUUUCAUUUCUCUUUUCCUUUCCAUUAUUUAAUGGGAAACAGAAUGUCAAAUUUACCAUGUAGUAUUUUUCUGUCAUUUAUUCCACAUUUCAGAUCACCAUCACACUGUCACAUUGCUCUCUCUCUCUCUCUCUCUCUCUCUCUCGCGCGCGUGCACACACACAUACACACACAGUCCAUCUGCAUAUGCACUCCUCGUAAUGAAGGCUCUCUCCACGCAUCAAUGAAGUUUAAUUUUCACAAGGGAAUGAAUGACAGAGAAAUCAACGUAGGUUACGACUUGUCCUUAUGAAAUACCUUCUGAAAUCCCCUUUCGUUGCAGUGUGUUAGCUGCAACCGAAUCACUGAUCAAAACACUGGUGCGAAUGGGGAAAAAAAUUAAAUGUCAGAAUAGAGCAAAGCAGCGACAGAGAUAAUUUUUCUCUCCUUUUUUUCCCAUUCUGUAAUUUAUGGACUGUCGGGUUAAGGCUAGAGGACUUUAAAGUGCAUUCCCUGUUGUUUUAAUGUCUUGUUUGCCCACAUCAAUGACCAGCCCACUCCCUCUCUUAUUAGCAGUUGUUAGUAAUUACACAUGAGAUAAAAAGGUUUAAGGGAUUACAAGCCACAGUUGGCAUUAGAAGCCAUGACCACUAAGCAUUACAGCAUCGGGGGCAGCCCACUAUGACCACAUGUUUCCUGCCACAUUACCUUGGAAACCAGUAUGAAGUCAAUUUCAGGCUCACAUUAAAAACAUCCACGGUACAGUGUUGGGGAUGGGGGGACACUGGGGGAGUGUGUAGGGGGUGCUGGACAGCAAUAAGCAUACACUCUCAUUUACAAUAGCCUGCAGUUUCAUCCAAAAAACAAAAUGUUUCCAAUCUAUAACAACAAGAAGCAAAUUAGAAGUGGCUUAACCAAAUUUUGCUUAUUGAUUUAUGACUGCAACCAACCACUUUUUAAUUUAUUAUUUGUUUUUAUUAUUGCUUUUUUCUUGUUUUUUUGAGUUGUUAAUGUGUCUGUUACCUGUGACUACCAAAGAUAAAUGACAAGUUUAAAAAAGAAAGAUGUUCUAUGUUCCAUGCAAUAGCAAAACAAGGCCAAAUAUCCUCCCCAUUCAGUGCAAAAGAGGGAAAAGAACAGUUUAAAGCUUUUGGCGAAAAAUGAGUGAGCUGUUCAACUUUGCUGAAGUUUAAAAGCCAAAGGGGUUGUUUAAGGGGCAGCUGUAAGAGUUGUUUUUUUUUUUUUUCUUCCUUUGACCAAAUGGGAGAGAAUAGACAGAGAUUGGGAUAAACAUAUGACUAUAUCAUAGCACUGUUCUCUCUGCGCCAAGCUGAGGUUAAAAUAAAAGCAUGUUUUACUUUGAAAAAGUGUCUGGACUAAGUACAUGGCAGUAACUGAAAUACAGGAUGGGGAAAGGAUUUAAAUAACACAAUAAAUACUGGACCACACUUAUGUGUUUUGUUUUGUUUUUUCUUGUUUUAGGGUUGUUUUAAUCCUCUGAUAAGAUUGUAUGCCACUUACUAUGUGAAUCCAGUUGGAGUUUCUUUUCUUUGUUAAACAUUGCAAAUGCUUUAUGAUUGUGUUCUAAGUUCUGUCUAAUUUUUUAUAUCAACUUUGUUUUUAUAUUAAAACCAAACACUCCUGUUGACUAAUAAGCUGGGUACAAGGUACUUUAAUGGCAGUUUGUUUUUCAUUAUAAACUCAGCCAUGCAUUUACUAUAGACAAAAAUGGAAAUCUUUGAUUCACAGAAAAUAAACCACAAGAGCCGGGCAGCUGUUGAUGGGCUGAAAGCAGUCAGAGUAUGAAAGACAUGCACUCAUCAUACGCUAAUCCAAAUCUCUUAGCGGUAAUGAGGGAAAAGGGGAUAAGCAGGUAGAUAAGAUCAUCUUCCGCAUGUGUAGCUCAACAUUACUAAAGUGAAGCAGCAUGAGAAAACUGUUAGUACGCAUACCUCAGUUCAGACCUAUAGGGAAUGAUUAAACAAAGAGAAAAAAGAGAUACCAUUUCACUCUGUUGCACUUAGUCGUAUGUCCUGCAUGUUUAGUCUAAAACUGUAGCAAAUGAUAUUUUAAGAAAGAGUUUUUAAAAAAAAACAAAAAGAAUAUAAAAAUGCAAAAAACCUACUUGCUUAUCUUGAAGGUCUCAUGUUCUUUUGUGUUUUAAAAACCAAUCCAAACCUCAGGCCUUUUUUUCCUAAAGAAAAGUCACAAAUCUUUCUCUAAUGUUUUUUGAGGCAUGGUAUACUGUCUAAGACGGCUUCACUUCUGUGGGCUUUUAUUCCCGUAGGUUGUACAUACACCACAUUAUAUCCUUGUGUGCUUUCUUGUUUUCUUUUUUUUUUCUUUAAAAGAACAAAAAAUGUUUGUAAUGCCAUGUUUGCUUUAUCAUUCGAACUGCUUUGUACUGACUAUUAAAAAAGAAACAAAGCAAUGACAAACUGCUGUAUGUAUUGGAAUAGCAAAGUGCUGCAAGUAAUCCAUGCAUUUUUUUUUUUUUUUUUUUAAACAAAGAACGAGAGGAGGUGGGAUGAGGUUUGGGGAUAAUUAGCCAUUUUUGGACUUUGAAAACUGUAAAAUAGAAAACAGACAUGGCUGUUAUUAUUGACCUAAGCUUUUUUUUAUAUAUAAAAACUUUCUCCUUUUUUGUGUUAAGUUGUUUUUGAUACGUCCGUGUUUAGUGGUCCAGUGUCUGCCUCCUCCGGUGGUCUGGUCCAGAGUAGGAGCUCAGAGCAGACAGGUGUGUUCCCUCAAAUGAAAAAAUGAAAAAAAUGAAAAAAUGUCCUUAUGCCUAAAAUCAUAGAGAGCUGUGCUGAAGUGCUCAGUAAUAUAUUGGGGUGAACCGAAUAAUUUAUGUAAAACAGGAGCAAAAAAGUAAAUAUACAAUGCAAAGACUAUUUGUUUUUUUAUUUCUUCUUUCCUCUAAGCCCGUUUAUCUUUCAUGUUCCUUCUGGUCAAAUAGUGGACUUUUUGUGGUUUUAGUAUUUCAUAAUACUGAUUUAUAUAUGUUUUUUCACUAUUAUGAUUUUUCUAAUUUUCCAACUAGUUAAACCCAAGCACAGUAAAUUUAAGAAGAUACAAAAGUCCCUCAACCUCAUGUGUGCAUGAUUAAGAAUGGAAUUUGAGAUCACUCCCAUCACACACACACACACACACACACACACACCUUCUGAUCCUACUCCCAUUUCUUAUAAUAUUAGUGAUAUUUUGUGUGAUGCUGUACAUGCCGGUCCCAUUCACAGGAUAAAAGGUACAGUGAAGGAAAAACCGUGAGUGACCCAACAGAUCAUUAUCAAGGCUGUAAACUUGUCAUUUUCUUUUUUCAUUUUGUUAGAGAACAGAUUUUUCUCAUCACCUGCUUCAUCAGUCUGUAAUCCCUCCUUCACUCUCAUGUUUUAUGCAGACUAUCAUGUUAAAUCCAGUCUCAGUGACUGACUGGAACAUUCAAUAAAAAUGCAAUAAAAACGCUGGAUGUUCA